AUGUCAGUAACUGCAGAAUUGCACUGUCGUUACUCUGUUUCUUUUCAGCCUGUAGUCAUCAUGUCCGUCGAUGGGGCGAUUAUAUCUGACAUGUACCGCCUACUUUCAGAGAAGCAGCCCAUAUCGUUUUUUAUUCUUUUGUGCGGGCAAAGUGGGUGCGGUAAGUCUACCACCCUGCGUGCUGUAGGCGAUGGGGCCGCUGCCCGCGGCAUGAAUGUGACGUAUGGAGCCCCUAUACUCGAAGAAGCGGAUACGCUAGAGUGGAAUGUGGAAAAAGCAAACCUGCACAUUGUAGAUUUUAAUACGAUGCGGUCGAUGGACGUCAAGGGAUAUCCCGAUUCGUCCUCAUACCGGCCCGGGACAGUAGUUAUUCUCGACGACAUCGAGUCUAUCUACCACCUUAUGCACAUGCAGGGAGUGUCGCACCGCCUUGAACUCUUUCUGCGGCUCCUACUGAGUUCAUCUCGCAGUGCUCUGAUCACAUCCGCGAUUGAUGCUUCCCGUGUACCGCAAUGGCUAAUUGACAUGAAGGCUCCAGUGGUGUACCACAUACCAGAACUCACAGGGAGUGCUACACGACGCUACAUCCGUACACUUCCUGAAGCGGAUGUCUACGCAAGCUGCGCUGACGAAGGUGGUGGGGAUAUAUUGGCGUCAUGCCUCCGUACACAGCGGGAUCUCACGUUAUAUUUAUGUUGCGCAAAGUUUAGGGGGGAGACGCGGCACCCCAUCAACUCCGGUGCAUUACACUUUUCUGGCCAUCUGCGUGCGCCUCUACAGCAGUUGUCUCAACCUGAUAGGAAGUUGUUUGGUCUUGACGCUGUUGCUGACAGGAUAGAUGCUCUUGUACGACACUUCAUUGGGCGGGACGGGUCUUCCAUAAGUGGGUUACUUUCAACUGUUGCUUCCACCACUGGGAUAUUACUGCAUGGCCCACCUGGUAGCGGGAAAACUGCCUUGGCAAUGCGCUACCACUCACUCUAUCCUGGAAAAUUCUUUUCCGUAAAUUGUGCUACACUCUUUUCAAAGUACCUGGGCGAAAGUGAGCAGCGACUCCGCGAAGCUUUUGUGCUGGCCCGAUCUCGGGCCCCAUCAAUAUUGUUUUUAGACGGCGUGGAUGUGAUCGGGUCAUCGCGUGGUUCCAUGUCGUCUGAUAACAAUGGUGGAGGUGUGGACAUCUCGAGAAGGAUGCUCGCUGCUCUUCUUUGUGAACUCGAUGGACUCAGUGAUGGCGGCCGUGUUCUCGUGAUUGCUGCAACAGCUGUACCGAAUAAACUUGAUUCUGCCCUUCUUCGACAAGGCCGUUUCGAGACACUUCAGUACGUCCCACCGCUGAGCUAUGGUGCAUCCUGUGAGAUGGCACUUGACUUCUUCGAGCGUUUCAUUGAUGCUACCGAAUAUAGGGACAAAGUGAAAAAUCUGGCAGCGCUUGUUGCAACACGGUCGGAGGGGAGCACGCCCGCAUCGCUCAGGGCGUUCCUCCGAGUUCUUCUUGAGAAACAGCUCGAAUUGUCGAAUGGGCACUGCGUGGACGGGACAGAGCUUCCUUUGCCUUCCGCCACAUUGGUUAGGGACGCUUUAGGGGAAACGAAUCAACUAAUACGUGCUGAUUAUGCAUUUGCUGCCCUUUGA